UUAUCACCAAAUUCCUCCAUCGAAACGGAGUGCUAGGGGGCGACGUUUCACAUACAUACAUACCAACACACAGAAACGUAACAGAGACUUGAGGGACGAAAGAGAGAGAGACUUUGAAUUUGAUUUCUGUAAAGGUCGAUCUUCUUCCCCUUCUGAUGGAUCUAAGCCCUCCUGCAGGGGAAAACUAUGCCCACCCGAGGAUAUGUUUCUUUCAUGUGAUCUUCAAGGCAGCAGCUUUGGCGUUUUAUAUAGUUUCAGCUCUCUUUGUCGAUAGCUUUGUUAUCAUUUUUGUGGUCACUGUUCUUCUUGCUGCUUUUGAUUUUUGGGUAGUCAAGAAUGUGAGUGGUCGUAUCUUGGUUGGUUUGAGGUGGUGGAAUGAAAUAAAUGAGGAGGGUGAGAGCGUGUGGAAAUAUGAAUGCCUUGACCAAGAGUCAUUGGCUAGGAUGAACAAGAAGGAUUCCUGGCUAUUCUGGUGGACCCUUUACCUUACAGCAGUUGCAUGGAUUGUUCUUGGAAUAUUCUCUCUCAUAAGGUUUCAAGCUGAUUUUCUUCUUGUAGUAGCAGUUUGCUUGACCCUCAGCAUUGCAAAUAUCGUUGGUUUUACUAAAUGUCGCAAAGAUGCUAAAAAGCAGAUUCAAGCAUUUGCCUCCCAGACCAUUGCAUCUCGAUUCUCAACUACACUACAGUCGGCAUUUAGUGUAGUCUGAAUUGUUCUUACAGAGAGAUGUAAAAUAGUGAAGUUGAAGAAAUGCAGGCAGAAACACAGAGAACUGGUUGUGAAAUAUGUACUCAUUGAUCCCUUUACAGGAUAAAUAUUAAAGUUGGAUCUUGUUAAGCGGAGUUCAUGCUCCGCAUGACGACUUGAAUUUUUGUUGGUUUUUACUUUGUAUAUUCAGAAUACAAGAAAACACCUAGAAAUGCCUCUCUUUUUUGCUUUUCUUUU